UAACAUUAGACGAUGCGAACGGUUCUUCUUAUUUUCCUUUUUCCCCAAUUUUCCUCUCUCUUGAUUAUUUCGGCGACAAGAUCGAGGAGAUUUACGGAUUUCUCGGUAUUUUGGCCCGAUCGCCGUUUCCGAUCCCCGUUUUAGGGGGUGUUGCGAUAAAUAUUUCCCAGUUUUUAUGUGAGUCAGAUUUACCGUUUGCCCCAUAUUUAAAGGAUGCCCAUGGACACGUGUUGACUAUUGCAUUUCGUAUACGUAUUUCGUUUGACGAAUAUCGUUUCGCGGUCCGCAUAGGGACACGCUGAUGUAUUAUUUAUCAGAACCGUGCCACUCUUAAUUCAACCAGUAUGGCUUUUAUUGUUGUAGUAUUUUCAAAAGUAAAUAUGUUCCAGUGUUUCAUCAUAAAAUCAAUAUUAUAUCCUAUACAAUUAAAAAGAAGAAUCGUUUUCGAUGGAUUUUUAUUGUAAAAACAUAACCAUUGGGCAUCAUAUGUGUAUCACUGGUAGAAAGCUGAUCACUUGUUUCAAUGAAUAGCUGUAGAAUGUGAUAAUAUAGAAGCUCACCUGUCAAGAGCCUAGAAGUUUAUGUACACCUGUGGAGGUCGUCGAUAUGGGAGCUGUUGUGGAUGUCAUUACGGCCCUGGAAAAGACGACGAUCACCAAGGAGUUGCUCGAGAUUACAAGGCUUGGAAAACACAUUAAUGAACUUCGACGGAAAACAAAUAAUGAUGCCUUGGCUAAACGUGCAAAGGAUUUGGUACGACGUUGGCGAGACAUGGUUCUACCGUCUGCUCACUCCACUCCACAACCUACACCAGCUGACACGGCACCACCUGCCCUCAAUGGCGCAAAACCACAUAGUCCUGCGUUAAGAUGUUUUAAACCACAAAGUCCAGCAUUAAGAGGUUUAAAACCUCAAAGUCCAUUGUUGAGGGAUACUACACCUCUUAGAGUGCUUAGCCCAGCUCUAUCUGUGCAUAGUGAACAUUCACAUUCUCCUAAUGCAUCAUCAAACAAGCAGUCAAUUACAGUGACCAGUAAUCAUAAAACAAGUUCCGAUGUGACUUCUAUGCUUGGUUCCUCAAGUCAACAUCACACAACGGAAGCAGUGCCACGAACUCACAGUUCAAAUAAACGCCUUCGAAAAGAGGAUUUAAACGACAAACACAACUGUCAACAUCAUGAUUCAGACUCAGUUACUGAAAGUGAACCCUUUAAAAAGCAACGCCUCAACGGCGAAAAUAUAAGUGGUAAUUUAAAUUUGCAAGUGCCUAGCCCCACAUUUAAAGAACGAAUCUCUGAUCAUUUCGUGGAGUCCUCCACUGAUCCUGACGAUUCAGGUCCAAAGAAACGUGGUAGAAAGAAAGGCAGUAAAUCUAUGAAGAAGCAGCCGAUAUUAGAGGAUCGUGUGAAAGAAAAACUAGCUAGUAUCUCAAGAAAUCCUAAAUUAAAGACAACUCAAGAACUGCUAGCUGACCUGCGGGCACGUGGCACCAACACUAGCAUUAAUUCAAGUGCUCUACCUAGUCAAAAUGAAGAAACGCCCAGCAUGGAAGAUAUUUUGAGAGGCAGCAAUGAACAAGUAUCCAAGUUCCUUCGUUGUACUCAAAACAAUUCGUCGCAUAGAAAUGCUGUUUCUGAAAGCUUGCCAGAAAGUAGGUUAAAGCCUACGGAAAAUUGUCACGAUGUAUCGUCAAAGUGUCAGGAAUCGGGUGUAGUGUAUAAAGAAAAAUCAGUUACAAAUUGUCAAAAGACGCAAUCGGAACAGUCCCACGAACUGACAGUCGAGGAAAUACUAGCCAAGUUACCACCUAUAGAUCCAAGUUCAAUCGAUUGGGGUGAAAGUGAAACAGAAUUGACUGAGGAUCAGAAUAACACAGAGUACCCACCUAGGCAAAUUACGGAAGAUGAUAUAAAAAGGUUACACACAGAGUGUGUAGAAGGACUAAAUGGAAACUUCCAACCAAAACUAUCAUCUUUAACUCCUGCUUGUAACGAGAAACAGGAUGUAAAGGAGGAUGCGUCGUCAGAAAUCAAUGGUGUAAAGAAUGUGUAUAGCCGACCUGAUGAAGAAUUUCGAGAAUGGCAUCAGAUGCUAACAAGGCCCAGUUACAAUGGCCAACUCCUUCACAUAUUGCCUUAUGUUAUUAUUGAUUAGUAAUUUUAUUAUCCUAUUCUAUUACUAUUCCCAAACUUGUGAAGAAUCCCUGAAAAAUAUUAAAGAGAUUGAUCAAUGGAUCACUCUAUUAAACCAA